AUGUCGCUCCCCAGCAUCAUGUUGGCCGUGCUGUUGGUGGUUUCGUUUGCCAUCUUUAUUGCACCAUUGCAAGGACAACUGCACAAAAAUCUCAAAUACUAUGAGACGCUCCACGCAAAAGAUCUAUCCCAUCGGAUCGAAAAGCGCGGAACCAAGCACAGUAACCAUCCGUUCAACACGAUCAAGGAGGUGGAAUUUAACGUGUUGGGCAGAAAGUUUCGCCUUAUUUUGCACCCUCAUGCAUCGGUACUGCACAGCAACUUCCGAGCGUACACAGUCGAUGGUAAUGGGAGUGAAUCGAUUGUACAUCUCGAUCGGAGCAAUUUUUUCAAAGGCCGUGUGUUUGGCGAAAUGGAAUCGCACGUGAAUGCACACAUCGAUGACGGGGUGAUGACUGCAUCGGUCGUACUACCGGACGAAACGUACCACAUUGAGCCGUCGUGGCGUCAUUUGCCACACCUGAGCGAUAAGCACAUGAUCGCGUAUCGUACGUCGGACAUCAAGUUUAGCUGGGAUCAGGUUGAUGCUAUAUCGGGCGAUUUGGGAGUGCCCCGGACGUGUGGGUACAUCAAGGAAGGGUUAGAGCUGGAAGGACAGCCCGAUGAUGAUGGUGAUGGUGACGCUAGUGAAGAAGUAUUUGCGGAUGGUGAUGUGGAAGCGUAUGAAAACGAUAGCGAACCAACGCCGGAAACGGUGUGGCAUGCGGAAGAUUCCCAAAAUAGUAAAAAGUCACGCCGCAAACGGCAGGCCGAUCAGUACGAGUACACACCUACCAAAACUCGGUGCCCUUUGCUGCUCGUCGCAGACUAUCGAUUCUUCCAGGAGAUGGGUGGAAGCAAUACAAAAACGACUAUCAAUUACUUGAUAAGCCUUAUCGAUCGUGUUCACAAAAUUUACAACGACACCAUCUGGCAGGAUCGGUCCGAUCAGGAAGGAUUUAAGGGAAUGGGUUUCGUCAUUAAAAAGAUUGUUGUCCACUCAGAACCGACCAGGGUUCGGGGUGGUGAAGCGCACUACAACAUGGUGCGCGAAAAGUGGGAUGUACGAAAUUUGCUCGAGGUAUUCUCCCGGGAGUACAGUCAUAAGGAUUUUUGCUUGGCACAUCUUUUUACAGAUCUAAAGUUUGAAGGAGGAAUUCUCGGUUUAGCGUACGUGGGCUCUCCGCGUCGCAAUUCGGUCGGCGGCAUCUGUACACCAGAAUACUUCAAAAAUGGCUACACACUGUACCUAAACUCGGGUCUCAGCAGUUCCCGCAAUCAUUACGGACAACGGGUAAUAACGCGCGAAGCGGAUCUUGUAACAGCUCACGAGUUUGGUCACAACUGGGGUUCGGAGCAUGAUCCCGACAUUCCGGAAUGUUCACCGAGUGCUUCCCAGGGCGGUAGCUUCCUGAUGUACACGUACUCCGUCAGCGGGUACGAUGUUAACAAUAAGAAGUUUUCACCAUGCUCGCUACGCUCGAUUCGUAAGGUGUUGCAAGCUAAAUCGGGCCGUUGCUUUUCCGAGCCGGAAGAAUCGUUCUGUGGCAAUCUGCGGGUCGAGGGCGAUGAGCAGUGCGAUGCGGGGCUGCUCGGUACAGAGGAUAAUGACGCGUGCUGCGAUAAAAAUUGUAAGCUGCGGCGCAAUCAGGGCGCGGUGUGUAGUGAUAAAAAUUCACCCUGCUGCCAGAACUGCCAGUACAUGAUGGCGGGCGUAAAGUGUCGCGAGGCACAGUACGCCACCUGUGAGCAGGAAGCUCGCUGUACGGGAAAUCAUGCCGAAUGUCCCAAGAGUCCACCGAUGAGCGAUGGUACGAUGUGCCAGGAGCGGGGCCAAUGUCGCAAUGGGAAGUGUGUACCGUACUGUGAAACGCAAGGCUUGCAGAGCUGCAUGUGCGAUAUUAUAGCGGACGCUUGUAAACGUUGCUGUCGGCAGAGCAUUAACGAAACGUGCUUCCCAGUGGAACCGCCCGAUGUCCUGCCGGAUGGGACACCGUGCAUACAGGGCUUCUGCAACAAGGGAAUGUGCGAGAAAACGAUCCAGGAUGUGGUGGAACGGUUCUGGGACAUUAUUGAGGAGAUUAACAUUAACAAGGUGUUGCGGUUCUUGCGCGACAACAUCGUUAUGGCGGUGGUUAUGCUUACGGCACUGUUUUGGAUUCCAGUUAGCUGUGUUAUUGCGUACUUCGAUCGAAAGAAGAGAAAAGAAGAUUGGAAGGAGUACGAGUGGAGCCAGAAGCUGGAUCUUAUUCACCCGAGCGAUCGAAGACGGGUCAUUCACAUAAGAGUUCCGAGACAAAAAAUAACCGUUGCCAGAAUGUGA